AUGGAAUGGGAAUCUAAAACCAGUGAGCUGGUACUGGAUGCUAAGUCCAAGGUCACUAGCCAAGAGCUUGUAGAUUCUCAGGGGAAGUUUGGUAUAGCCAUGAGCUCAGACAGUAUCAGCUCACUUAAGUAUCCUUAUGUGGCCAUGAUGCUCAGAGUGGCAGAUCAAUGUGGUCAAAUAAAGAACAAAUUCAUUGAAAUGGCAAUUCCACAAUUUCAGAAUUCCUACAGACAGUUCAAGGAAAUUGCUGCUGUAAUGGAAAGUGUGAAAUAA